CAAACAUACACAAAAGGAUGAUGUCCAAGCGGAGGCAAACACUGGGUCUUCAAAUCUUGGCUACAGUGGCCAUUCUCGGUUUGAUUGCCUAUUUAUUUUUCCCAAAAGCUGAUAUGCAACUUGCAGAUAAUUGGUAUGGAGAUCUCAAAAGUACAUUUGAAGCACAAGCAAGACAAGGUGAAGCAGCUUUAGCCGCCUACAAAAACGCCGUCAUCAGCAGUAGUACAACAACCACUUUAUCCGCACACCAUCCUAAUCGUGUCAAGGCCGCCUUUGUCAUUCUGGCCAGAAACUCGGAUUUAAAUGGUAUCCGUUCCUCUAUUCGUCAAAUGGAAGAUCGUUUCAACAGAAAAUUCAAUUACCCUUAUGUCUUUUUAAAUGAAGAAAACUUUACAGAAGAGUUCAAGGAAAAGACAGCUGCCUUGACAAAUAGUGAAGUGCAUUAUGGUAAGAUUGAUGCUGAUAUGUGGGGUUAUCCUGAUCAUGUCGAUACCAAAAAGGCUGCUGAUUGUAGAAAGAAGAUGCAAGAUAAAGGCAUUAUUUAUGGUGGUAGUGAAUCCUAUAGACACAUGUGCCGAUUCCAGAGUGGUUUCUUCUUUAGGCAUCCCUUAUUGGACGCCUUUGAAUACUAUUGGCGUGUUGAACCUGAUGUCUCUUACUUUUGCGAUAUUGACUAUGAUGUCUUCCAAAUGAUGAAGGAUAAAAAGUUGAAAUAUGGCUGGACACUUUCUUUAACAGAAUACAUGGAAACAAUUCCUACACUUUGGGAAACCACCAAACAAUUCAUGGCUGAUAAUAAAGAAUUAGUGAAUUACGGUGAAGAUAGUUUGUUGCCUUGGAUUUCAGAUAACAACUAUACUGAUUAUAAUGGAUGUCAUUUCUGGUCCAAUUUUGAGAUUGGAUCAUUGGAUUUCUUUAGAAGUGAAAGAUAUUUGAAAUACUUUAAUUACUUGGAUUCCAAGGGUGGUUUCUUUUACGAACGAUGGGGAGAUGCACCUGUGCAUUCCUUGGCAGUUGCCAUGAUGUUAAAGACCUCUGAAGUUCAUUUCUUUAAUGAUAUCGGAUACAAGCAUAACCCAUUAAUGCAUUGUCCUGAUCAACCUUGGGCCAAUAAAAAGUGUUCUUGUGAUGACAAGCAAAACUUUGAUUGGACUGAUUGGAGUUGUCUUACGCGUUACUCUAAAAUCCAACCCGACUUUAAUUGGGAUGAAGCACUUCAUGCCAAUAUGACUGCACCUUAUCGUAUUUAA